CUCAUAACAAAUAUGAAUCCUUCUGUGAGGUGCCCAACUUGGCCUAAAGCUUGCAUACUAAUGCAUGCAGGAUCUGGGGUAUAGGUGCAUGCGAUCCCAACUUGUAGUAUCGAAGCACGUGUGGUGGGCUGUGUGUGGAGUUCUCCAUGUGACGACGGCCAACAAGAACGAGACUAGAGGAGAUCUACAGUUCUCGAUUGGUGUGCUGAUAGAAAGAGGACAAGAGAAGGCAAGCAGCCUAGCGAAGAAGAUAUAUGCGGUUGAUAUCUUGUGUCGGAAGUCUUCCUGAUAUGAAUAGUAGCUAGGUGGCGUGUCGUGCAUGGUUCUAGCAACGAUAUAAGAUGAUAAAUAGAUCACACAUAUAUAAUCGCUAAUGCGAAAAAUAUAUGCAGGUACGGGCCUAAAGCAAAAAAUAUCAUACAAAUGUGAGGUUGAAGAUAAAGAGGUAUUUCAUUGUGAUAUUGAUCCUUUGAUUUGUUUUUUUCACAGAUGCAAAGAUAUUGAACGCACUUAAAAUUGUUCCUUUUCUUUAUGAUGGAAUGAUAAUGAAAACUGUUAGCAUUG